AUGCCACGCAAGAACAACCAGAAUGCCAGUGUGCAUGCAGAGCCAUCCAGAUCCGAAAGAAUCAGGGUCUAUCGCGACUCCGGCUGCAGAGCUAUAUUCUCAGGUUUCGACGACGGCCGGCUGCGCCAGCGGAAGGCCAUCGCGCCCGUCGUCCGCGAACACAACCUUUGGGUCUCCGGAUUCUCUACAGAACGCUUGAUCACCGUGAUACGAUCCCUCCAGAAGGACAGCAUAUUCGAGUAUCCUCACGCUGCGCGCAGAGCCUUUCCGGAGCUCUUUCUGCCCGAAGAGCCCACCUCGCCGGCACCCGCCUUAGCUCCUACCCCCGUGACCGUCGCAGCUCAACCCACAAUGGCUUCCGACGGCCGACCACAAAAAGACCUCCUCGGAUCCCUUGAGAGCCUUUACAAGACCGGGAUCUACUCAGAUUUGACGAUUCGUUCUGCUGCCAAAACCUAUUCCGUCCACCGCGCCAUAGUCUGUCCACGGUCUGAUUUCUUGGCUGGCGCAUGUCGUAGUCCUUUCAAAGAAUCUUCCGACGGAAUGAUUGCCCUUUCUGACGACGACCCUUGCGUCGUUGACAUGAUGAUGCAAUACUUUUACCUCCUGGACUACCGACAAUCGCUUUACACAGACGGCCUCUUGCAGUCGUCGGAGGUAGAGCAAAAACAGGCCGCCAGCGUGUCUUGCCUACUUUUACAUGCCAAGGUGUAUUCAGCGGCAGAGAAAUAUGCCGUUGACGGUCUUAAGGACCUUGCUGUAGCCAAAUUCAGGGCUGCUGCAGCACAGGUUUGGGAUCCCAGCGACUUCCUAUAUGCUGCUAGCGAGGCCUACACCUCCACCAUCGAUACUGAUCGGGGUUUACGGGACGCUGUCCUCGAGGCUUUCGCCGCACGUAAAGACCUUUUGGAUAAUGAUGAAGCCAAGACGACCGUCAAGAGAUUAGGCUCACUUGCCUAUGAUAUUCUCGUCUAUUUCCAUCAGGAAGGAAAAUUGUGGUAUUCGUAA